ACUUAGUAUUCGCCGCAAUGAAGUCAUACUUAGUGCUUACGAUAUUGUUCGGUGUUAUCGACUUGCUGUACGGAAACCGCUUUAGAUGUGAUUACAAGUAUUUUCAAAAUGCACAAAGUUACUUGAAGUUGCACAGAAUACCGGCCAAUUGGAAAGAAGCCAGACUAAGAUGUCACCUUGAAGGUGCUAAAAUAGCCUCUCCUCUGGAUCAGAAUCUGAAAGCGGCGAUGGUAUCCAUGAUGGACGUUACCCCGAAGCUGAAGUGUAACGGAGUGUUCACUGGGAUACACGCCACGUUCUCUAGAGGAGAUUUCUUCUCAGCCGAAGGAAUUCCUCUCUCCAGGAUCCCUCAUACUUGGGCAGACGGCGAGCCCGAUAACUACGAGGAUAACGAGAGCUGCAUACUGAUGACCAGCGCUGGUGAAUUUGCUGACGUCAAUUGUUCAGACACGUACGCUUACAUGUGUUAUAAGAAAAUGUCCCAGAGUAUGAUAUUGAGCGGCUGUGGGACAACUGAUCCAGAAUACAAUAUCGAUAUGAGGACUGGCAGUUGCUACAAGUUCCACACAGUCCCUCGCACCUGGUCUAGAGCAUAUAUGACGUGUGCAGCUGAGGGUGGAUAUCUUGCCAUAAUUAACAGCGAAAUAGAAGCACAGGUCAUCAAAGAACUGUUCGCCAAAUAUCCAGGCGGCAAGAUGCGUGGAAACUUCUGGAAGGAUAUUGCAUUCCUAGGAUUCCAUGAUUGGGGUGAACACGGGGAAUGGCUGACUAUAAACGGCGACACCCUAACCCAGGCUGGCUACGAUAAAUUCUCUGGCGGUGAACCGAACAACGCAACGACUGGAGAAUACUGUGGCGCCACCUACCGAAGCGGCCUCUUUAACGAUCUGUGGUGCGAAAACAGAUACGCGUUCAUCUGCGAGAAAGAUCCUGGCAGUUUGGCUUGCGAUGACAAUAAUUAUAGAUAAAUAAUGAUGUGUAGGAAGAAAAUCAUUCCAAAUAAAAAAAAAAACAACAGUAAAAACAAGGAAUCUGAGAGCGUGAACAUUUUCAAAAACUACGUACUCAUUUUUAGCUUCAUAACACUCAAAUGGUUUUUAUAUGAGAUUUUUGUAAGAAUAGAUCAAAUAUAUCACGACGCGGUUUCCGAAUCCACGUCUUUCUUUGUGAAAUGGUAGCGUCUGACGUUUCGACCACCCAUACAUACACAGUGGCACAAAAUCCGCAAUAUUGUUUAUCAUUCUGUCGUUAUUUAUUAUAUAGUCUGUUAUUUAUUGAUGUUUUAUUAAAUAUUCUCUCAGCCAGUCUUAAGAUUUAUACAAUAUCCUAAUCUCAGUGCGCGUCAAUGAUAAACAUUCUCACGCAUUCAGGUAAAAACCAAUAAUGUUUAUUAAAAAUAUCGAUGUAUAUAAUGGCGUGCGUAUAACUAAACUUAAUAAACGCCUCAAUAAAU